AUUCGAUCUUCCUCGCUCUUCGUCGUCACUCUUUCGUUCAGUAGCACCUGAAAAAUGAAGGCAAAAUUCUUCGCCGUCCUUGUGGCAAUGGUAGUUGUCGUUCACUCCUGUUAUACGGCGUCUGCCCAGGAAGAUCUCACGACAACAGAGAGACAGGUGGUGGCAGAACUUGCAGCCCAAAUCCUGCGCGUGUCCCAUGGACCCUGGAGUUCAGCAGAGGCCCACAAGAGGAAUUCAGGAAUGAUCAACUCCAUCCUUGGGAUUCCCAGAGUAAUGGCUGAAGCAGGAAAGAAGUAGGAUGACGAAAUGUUUGCAUUCUAGACCACAACCUACUACAACUGACCACUACAAAAAUUUGAUACAUACACUUCUUCCAGCUGCACCUUUAGAGAAACCAGGGCACCAAAAAAUAACCUCCACAGUUCAUUCUGUUACCUUUCAUGGAAAUGAGUUUCUUCAGCCAGAUCUCAACG